UAACUUUAAUUUCGUCUCGCGUCCAACUUCGGCCCGUCCUGUGUUUCUGUGGCUGUCGCUGUCCGGCCGUGUGAGCUGGAUCUCGUCGGUUCCCUGCGUCCGGCGCUGGUUCCUUCUCUUUUCGGGCUUUAGCUGCUGGUUUCUUAUUCUAGGAGUUGAUAUUGUGGAGGACAAGGGGCCGAUGGAACUUGGACCCACCGACGCCCGCUCGGCUGUCACCGUUCUGUGAAGAUGGCGUCUUCUGGGCUUCUCCGUGCUCAUUUCUUUAUUUCCUCCGUGUUCGGACGCGCGUCGCCUCCCGCGACGCUAUUAUUUCCCUCGGUGUGAGUUUUUAGCAGCGUGGCUGCAGCGUUAGCCGGAGCAGCUAGCAGGAGCCUUAGCAUUAGCGGCUAUAGCUAACGCUAUCACUUGUUCUCGGUAACAUUUCACAGCCUCGCGCAGAGCAACGUCGGGCGUGUAUUGCUCUGUUCGGAUGAUUUAGCAGCACAGAACCCCCGGGAGCCCGAAAAAUGGGUCGAACUCGGCACUUAGGGCAGCACAGAGGGGUGGAGUCCAGUGCCACAGCCAGGUGCGCCAGUUUAAUGCUUCAGUUGGAUGGUCUUCCUACUGGAGACGGUGUUAAGGCUGAUCGAUCGGCUGGCAGACUGACUGGAUCCAUGAUGGAAUUACAGACACUCCAGGAGGCUCUGAAGGUGGAGAUCCAGAUCCAUCAGAAACUGGUUGCACAGAUGAAGCAGGACCCUCAGAACGCAGAUCUGAAGAAGCAGCUUCACGAACUCCAAGCAAAGAUCACAGCGCUCAGCGAGAAGCAGAAAAAGGUGGUGGAGCAGCUGAGGAAGGAGCUGCUGGUGAAGCAGGAGCCAGAGGCCAAGCUGCAGCUACAGGUUCAGACUCCUCCAGUAGGCGGCGACAUGAAGCCAAGCAGCCUCCUGCAGACCCAGCCUGGAGCCCUGCAACAGACUCUCACAGUCACGCCGGUCCUCACCACCAAGACUCUACCUCUGGUGCUGAAAGCUGCUGCCGCGCCCACCCCACCCAUCUCCCUCUUGCCACAGCGCCCUGCUACUAUCGCUAUGGUAACCACAGCUAUCACCAAACCCGACUCGCAGAAUGCUCCCAUCAACCUGCAGGUGGCCAGCAAGCUGACCAAUCAGAGCUCAGAGCCUGUUCGGCUGGUGUCCAAGACCGCCAUGGUGGUGCAGGCCACCACCACCGCCCAGCCAAUCAAAGUUCCUCAGUUUGUCCCUCCUCCUAGACUGACGCCUCGUCCCACCUUUCAGCCACAGGUCAGACCCAAACCGGCCGCCCCCGCCAACGUCCCCAUUGCCCCGGCGCCGCCCCCGCCCAUGAUGGCCGCCCCCCAGCUGCUGCAGAGGCCUGUCAUGCUGGCCACCAAGCUGUCGACCUCACUGCCCUCGGCCGCUCCCAUCCACCAGGUCCGAAUUGUCAACGGGCAGCCCUGUAGUAAGACCGGCUCCGCCCCCCUGGCGGGCAUCGUCAUCACCACGCCCGUCUCUGCAGCCCCCGCCCGCCUCGCCAGCCCCACCCACGCACCCAGCCCCGUCCCUAUCGUCACCCCCUCCCUGGCCCCUACCCAGCCGAUCCAGAUCAGCAGCCUGACGACUGAGGCCAAGACUAUUAAACCUGGAGGGGGAGCAGAGCAAAAGGCUGUUGUCAGCCUGCCCGCAUCCUCCACGCCGCCACUGUCUCCUCCUCUUAGGUCCAAGAGAGAGGAGAACCCAGAGAAACUGGCCUUCAUGGUGUCUCUGGGGCUGGUGACACACGACCACCUGGAAGAAAUUCAGAGCAAAAGACAGGAACGGAAGAGGCGAACAACGGCCAACCCGGUUUACAGCGGUGCCGUGUUUGAACCUGAGAGGAAGAAGAGUGCAGUGAGCUACCUGAACAGCCCUCUGCACCAGGGGACCAGGAAGAGAGGUCGCCCACCCAAAUACAGCAGCGUCCCGGAGCUGGGCAGCCUCACCCCGACCUCCCCCUCCAGCCCUGUCCAUCCCCUCCCCCUGCCCAGCCCCAGCUCUGGGGAUGGAGACAUCCAUGAGGAUUUCUGCACUGUGUGCAGACGCAGUGGCCAGUUGCUCAUGUGCGACACGUGUUCACGUGUUUAUCACCUGGACUGCCUGGAUCCACCCCUGAAAACCAUUCCUAAAGGCAUGUGGAUCUGUCCAAAAUGUCAAGACCAGAUCCUGAAAAAAGAAGAAGCUAUUCCCUGGCCCGGUACUCUGGCUAUCGUUCAUUCCUACAUUGCUUACAAAGAAGCUAAAGAAGAAGAGAAACAGAAAUUGAUGAAGUGGAGUUCUGAGCUGAAACUGGAGCGGGAGCAGCUGGAACAAAGAGUCAAACAGCUCAGUAACUCUAUAACGAAAUGCAUGGAGACCAAAAACACCAUCCUGGCUCGGCAGAAAGAGAUGCAGCUUUCGCUGGACAAAGUAAAGCACCUGAUUCGCCUCAUUCAAACAUUCAACUUCAACCAAGCUCUGGCAGAGACAGAGGAUAAUGAUGUUGGUGCCAGAGUCCAGGACAGUGCAGAAGGAACUGUCGGUUCUGACGCUGCACCGGAAGCCAACUCGGUGGAGAGCUCCUUAGUCAGCAACAGCGCAGACGGAAACGGCAAAGCAGAGGAGCGUCAGGUCAGACCACCAGCACUGGGAGGAGACGCCGCCAGCCAGCCUGGCGUGGACAGCAGCCCAGUGGGGGCGGUGGGAGGCCGGGCUGGGCCUGGCAGAGAGGCUGACGCAGGGACAGGUCUCCAGGCGGAGCUUACGGCCAAGCCCGAGCCCGAGGCGGCUUCCGAGCCUGACGUUCCUGCGUCUCGGAUGGUUGCAUCUGGUGCCACCACCAACGGCACAACUGGACCAGGCUGCCCAGAGCACAGCCCCGCCGGAGGCUGCUCCACCAAAUCUGAGAACAAGACCGCUGCCGUCAACCCCCCGGAGACGACGACGGGGAAAGACCACGAUGAGCUCACUGACAGCGACGGCAGCAACACCAACAACAGCAAAACCUCAGAACCUCCCCAGCAUUCUUUGCCAGCUCUCGUCAUUAGUUUGGACAAUAAAAAGUAACGCUAUGUCUCCUGAGUUGCGGGAAUUCAAACAUAUAUAUUAAAAGAAGACUCUUGCUUGCACCACGUGGUGCCCUGAAGUUGCCAAUCUGUAUAAAUGUUGUUUGUUUGCAUUGUAUUGUCAGACUGUGUCAAUGGUAGAUAUACAGCCCAAGUCACGUGACUCUGGGACGGCGUAGGCAGCGACAGGAAGCCCUACGUACCAGUGUCAUCAUGCCAAUUAGUGAUAGUCGUCAUGGUGGGAAGCUCAAAGGGAGAUUCAUCCAUCAUCACACCAGUGUGUGCCUGUGGCAGUGGCCCCUGUGUUCUCUGGGUAGGAGGUGGGUUCACAUGGGCGCAAAGAGAACAAGGACCCGAACAUCUGUCAGGCGUUAGUGUGUUGUGAUAGUGAACCUGUUCAUCCCCUUGUCCCAACUAAAUGUGAACCACCUUCAAUCUCACAGUUCUGUGGCCCAAGCGUUAGCCAGGACCCAGACCUAGUAACUGAACCUCCAGCCCGUUUUUUUGCUCGGGCUCAGUAUGCGUCAGACUGACUAGUUACUGGUUACAUAGUUAGAAUGAAAAGCCGGUGAUGCCAGUUUGGUCUGUCCACCGUGUUGGGUCUUUGGCCAAUACCAACCCUGCCCCGACUUUGGAGCCGUCAGAAUGUGGCCUUUCUUGUUGUGGGUUGGACUCAUCAAAGUGGUUUACGUGUUUAAAGCAAACAUUCCCUUGAAAUCUGAUGAAUUAAACCACUUCAAGCUGACAGAAACCCAACCUUCAACAGAACCCGUCCCGUCCCCUCUCAGUCCACUGAACCCUAGCUGGUUCGCAGGAUGAGGUCGAACAGGUGCAGUGGCCUCACAGAUGUUUUCAGUGGUGUCGGUCAAGUGUAGUGAUUGAGUUUUCAUUCGUGAGUCAAGUGUGUCAACUGUGAGCACUAAAUGUGAAAUUGCAAUAUUGCAAUGUCAACACACACACACAAACUGUGUCUGGGCUGUGUUUCUUUUUAUAGGAAAAGAUAUUCAGGUCUUCCUAGUUUUCAGAAUAAGUGCUUUCUGUUCCUGGACCCGUUGGACUGGCAUUAUCUACACAAAGAGGAACCCUCUUUACAUUACAUGCGUUUCUGUUAAAUCCUCAACUGCCAAAAUGAUGUUGUAUCCAAAUUCCGCAGGGACAAGUCUAAUUACUGUAUUGAAAGAUCAAAUCAUUGGUGUUCUAAGAUAUAGAGGCUGGAGGUGCCCAGGUAGAGACAGGAGCUUAUUAAACAAUAACACUGAGAAACUUUUCCUGAAGUGGAGGGAUUUGUUGAACGAUGGAUCGAAAGGACGAUUCCACAAAUCCCGAGAUUAAAGCACAAGCUUGCUGCAUCACAAAGAAGUGCUGAAGAGCUUUUUGUAUGUUAAUAAGGAAUUAAACAGAGUAUGCAUCUUUUUGUUGUGAUGUAACUUGUCCCCACAUUGCCAAUCUUUUUGUAAGAGGAGAAGCCGAGAGGCUUCUGCCCUUCAUCCCUGGGUUAUUGUCCGUGGGCCUGCUGGCUUCUCUUCACUGACUGCUCAUUAACGGUGCCUCUGGUUGUGCUGGAACAUUUUCUUUAAAAAAUGUUUUUGCCUCUAUUUCAGUGGCUCAAAAGCAUGCUCACCCAGCAGCCGUGUGCUCGUAGUGUUAGAGGAUCUGCUGUGCUGUGUUAGUACUGACUGUCGAGGCCGUGCUAGCAGGACGGUUCUGGUAUCUGACAUUUGGGUCAAGGUCCCGAGGAUUUGUGACUGGCUGACACCCAGGGCCAUCCUGUGAAAUGCUGUGAAGAAGUGUGGUCCCUGCUCUGUGGUUUACGUGAGCCUGGUCUGCUAACUUGCCUGAGGACUCGUCAGGUUUCAAUGAUUGAUUUGUCUUUUUUUCGUAAAUUUCUACAGUAAAAAUGUCACGUUCCCAUGAGGGUGAACAUGUUGUUGGGCAACUGAGAUGAGCUGCUGCGUGUCUUUUUUUUCCAUAUCAUAUGACUCAGCAUUUCUGAUUUUGUUGACAUCAGCUGUACAAACUGCCUUCACUCAGAAGACCCCAGAGCAGAAUCUGUGUAACGUCUCCACGUUUGGCCACAGUGUCGACUGAUAAAUACGGAAGGAAGCGUCAGAAACCACCACGCGCAGCGUGUGUUUGUUGGCUGGUGGCCUUUGUUCGCUCCUGGUUGGAGCAGACGGGCCAUCGAGUUAUUGGAAAGAGCCCGAACACGAGUUCCAGACAAACUAGACCUUUCCCUCUGUACAGUAGGUACCUCGAGUGCCUUUCUUCAAACAGCAGAUAAUAUUUGAUUCUUGACUUGCACUGUGACUUGUAGAACCUUACUAACCCUGUUCGUCCCGCCGCCUCCUGACCCGCUUGUCCUGUUGAGCUCCCUGAAGCUCCGGGCCACAGACCGGCUCCCUUCACCUCAGGCUGCCAGUAGUCAAUGCAAGUUCACAUUAAGCCGUUUAGAUUGACCACAUGGUGUUCUGUCAUUGUUUUAAUAGCAGUUGCCUUAAAUGUGUUUCUUUUUCUUUGUAUGUGAUUAACUUUUACAUCUGGAGGAAAAACAUCUCUGCAGACACUGGCAAAGAUCAGAGGACCUUUGUGUUGGUGACGUGAGGUUGUCAGUCAGUGAAACGCUCCAAAGACGCCUUUCUUUUGUGAUGCAUUUUUGGUUUGAUACAGUAUUAUUAUCAGUGUCAACAACAUAUAUGGCUUCAUUCAGUCCUGUCCAGACCCCACAGGUUGGACUCUGGAGGUCAUGGGCUUUAGUCUCUUUCUGGAGUUUUGCUUAAUCAGGUCCUGUGAGCAUUUGGACCGAACAAACCAACCUGCAGACUUAGACACAGUUAGCAACAUUGUCCACUCAGCCUCGUGGAGCGCAUGCCGCCUUAUGCAAAUUUUUAUACACGAUUUGUCCAAAUCUUUUUAAUAUGCAUUUUCUUGAUUUUUUUUUACUUGAAAUUGAAGUCACUGACAGAUUUCUUCCUGGAAUUGUUCUCAGACUGGAGUUUGACCUUGGUUAAUGCACAGUUGGGCUUUUGGGCCGCUCCAUCCAGGCUUCAUGGCUGAACUGGGUCGUUGUCCGCAGCUUUUGUUCAGUCGAGCUCUAAAAGUGAAUUUAUCCAAAGAUCACGGCAAACGUGCAUUUCUGUUCAGAAUCGUCAGCAUCAUUAGGACAUAAAGUUGUGCGUUCUCCAGGCUGGAGGAGGACCCAGUGUCUGCAGAAGGUGGUUAUGCAUCAAAGCCAUUGGUCUCCAGUUCCCUCUGUGGUUGUUCUGGCUGUGUCUGGUAAAGUAGUUCAGUCCAUCUGGAGUCUUUUCAGUUGUUUGGUUUCUAAACGAUUGAGUCAUGAUUGUGGCCUUCUAGUAUUAUGUCGAGACAUGACAUCAUUCCGUUGUUACUGCGUCACCCUCACCUGUCCGGACCCAACUGUACCUGAAGCUUCUUACCUCAUCCACAGCUGAUUCCAUUGGGGUGUGUUGAGUGCAAAAACAAGUAAAAAAUGAAAAAGUCGUUUUUUAUCUUCCAUUUGGUGAGAUGCAUUGUAGCGAUAUGAAUAAAGAAAAAGUUCACCUGGUGUGCUGAAUAAUGUGUAAAUUGGUAAUUACACAAUCUGAAUAUUUGUAUAAUUGUUUGUAUUUUUUCAUAAUGAUUUUGGAAAGGAAUGUGUUUAUUUUUUUGACUUCUGUUCCAGAUGUGUCUUCUGUUGGCCUGACAUUGUGACUGGUCUGGUGGGAUUCUUACCUCUGUAUUGAGCCUCUUCUGUGAUGAAUUCUUUGUAUGCAGUGUUUAGGAAAUACUGUAGGGAACAAGGGGAGGAGUUGAUAUUAGGAGCAUUUGAUCAAUUUGUAUUUAUUUAUUUUAUCAUUUUGUUAAUAAAUUGUGAAAAGCA